CAAUUACGUAUUCGCAUUUGCGGAAGACGCGAAGAUCAACAAAGCAGAGCUCUACCCCCGCAAAGAAAUAAGUUGCUAAAAUUAAAAUACUUGUUAUUCUCGCCGCAGGGGUAUUAAUAUUUUCAUUUACUGGAUGUGCAGGAUUACGUGACGGAAACUUCUCGAUCGCUCUGGCGUGCUGUAGAUGCCGCAGGCAGUCAGCGGGGCGUCAUCGUUUUGUGUUGUGACGGCGCAAACCGGUGAAGCGACCAAUGAGUCAGCAGCUGAUCGUGGUUAGUUUUACCUAAGGAGCCUAUAUAUUUACACCGCGGACGACGGCAACAGUGAAAGCAAGACAUCUGCUAGUUUUUAAUACGUGGUCACUUGGUUUUCAGUGGUAACGAUGGCAGUUCCAGUAGCUGCAUUACAACUGAGCUCAUCAUCCAGCCCGAGUCUGCUGGAGCACAACAUUCAUAUCAGUGACAGAAAUUUGGGAGGGAUUUCUAAUAACAAUAACAAUGGAAAUGACACCCUGCCUUUACAUUCUCCGUGGACAUUCUGGCUCGACAGAUCUCUACCAGGAACAACAGCAGCUGAGUGUGAGUCAAACUUGAAGAAAAUCUACACUGUGGAGACUGUCCAGAACUUUUGGAGAGUUUACAACAACAUACCUGGGGUCUCCAGCUUGCCACUGAGAUGGAGCUAUCAUCUGAUGAGAGGAGAACGAAAACCACUCUGGGAAGAAGAAAGCAAUGCCAAAGGUGGUGUGUGGAAAAUGAAAGUACCCAAAGAAUGCACUUCUGCUGUGUGGAAGGAGUUGCUUUUGGCUAUUAUUGGAGAGCAGUUCAGUGAUUAUUGUGCUGCAGAGGAUGAAGUAGUUGGAGUCAGCGUUAGUAUAAGAGACAGAGAAGAUGUCGUUCAGGUCUGGAAUGGAAAUGCUUCUUGUGUUAACGAGUCAAACAUCAUAGGAAGGAUCAACGAGCUCCUUCCACAAGUACCUUUUAAAGCGGUGUUUUAUAAACCCCACGAGGAGCACCAUGCUUUCGAAGGAGGUAGAUCAAGACAUUAGCAAUUCUCAAGAACCUUUUUUUGUGUGUGUUUGUUUUGUUUUGCUCAUGAACGUGUUUUAAUUUUCUUUUUUUGGGGGGGGGGGGGUUUGUGAUAAUACUGGGAAAAAUUUUGGAGCAUUUGAUUUGCUUCAUGUAUCAUCUUAAUUACCUCAAUGUAGUUCACGUAUAAAGCCUCAAAGUCAAGGAAAUUUCACAUCUUUUAAGUAUUAUUGUCAUACAUGAUAAAAAAAUAUCAUUGUUUUAGUCUAAAGUAAAAGCCAUUUUAGUUUAAAUAUGUCUACAGCAGUAUUUGUAUGUUUAGGUUUUUUUUUUCUUUUCUUUUAUUACUGCACAAUUUUACAGAAUUGUAACCAAAACAGUAACUCAUGUAGAUUUAUUCUAGCUUACUUUGUGUAGUUUACCAAGAACAUAAAAAGCUAGGUCUUUGAACUACAUCUAAUUUUGGGGCAAAUUUUAGCAAAGAAAGUAUCACAAGCAAACCUUUAUAUUAACAACACAUUACACAGCUUUUCUAGCCAACAAUUUUAUCUUUUUGUAAAUUACAGUAAGAAAAUACUGUUGUCUGUUCAGGACAAGAUGAAUAAUUAGUAUUCUGUAAGGCGACUAUUUGAACAUAAAUUGCACUUUUUUUUAAAAUUUUCUUGUGUAGAAUAAGAGGAAUGGGGAAAGGAAUAUGUUAGUGUUACAAUAAAGUGACCUUGGUGCACAAGACACCUUGAGUAGAUGCUGAGAAAUAUAUGCAAUAAUUUCUAUUCUGUAGGAAAUUUGCCGUGUUGUGGUUGUCAUUUUUAUUUAAGCCUCUGCUCCAUAUCAAGCACUUUGUACUGUGUAUAUAAGACGUCUGAUAAUCCCUCUGGAGUUAACAGCAUAUGGAGUUGUGGUAACUGAGACCAAAUACAAUUUGGUUUUGUGUCACCUUUUCUAAUCAAGUGCAAUGUUUUUAUGUAUUCUCUUAAGUCUGAAGUACAUAAAACUGCCCCCAGGAAAUAUGACCAAUAAAUACACAACACACAGAAAUCUAUCACGAGGGCACAAAGAAGCUGUUGCUGUUUGGAGCCAAUUUAAAUAUUUUUAAGAAGAGACGUUAUUGUAGCAGCAAUGCCAAAACUGCAGGAAAAAAAGUUCAUUAGUGAUAAUUUAUUUCUGUUGAACUAAGGUGGUUUCAGUUUCUCGAAAAUUCAUUGCCUCUGUUUAAGCAUUGUCAAAAUUCAUGUUAAUAUGUCUCACCAAAGGCGUCUUUUCAACAGAGCUUUUUUUUUUUUUUAACUGAUACUGCAAUACUCAUACAAUUGACUUGAUUUCCACAAAAUUACCAUUGACACCAACAGAAAGACUGCUGCUGUUAUUUAUCAAUCAAGUGUUGACGUAUUUGUAAUGUGGCUCAGCUUCAGAACUCUGCUAGAUGAAUAUAGCACUUGCCAAAAUUGCUUUCUUUAACCCGUAAUGUUCCGUUUUUAUAGUAACGUUAAGAGCACAUACUGUAGGAUAAGAGAAUAACAAUAGCGUUUCCUUGCACAUGUACAGCUGACUAGUCAUUGCAGAUCUCAGACCUUGUAACUGAUUGUUGAUCUUGGAUGGUGCCUUGUGUUCAUCAGCAGUUUACAUUGUUAAAGUCUUCUGUUUGUAUGAUUUGUAUGAUGUUUAAAAGAAAUAAAAAUGUUAUGUUCAUAAAAAUGUUCAAA